AUGUUCCCUAACCGUUUCCUUGCCCAACGCUACAUUCCCGCACCCCUCGAGCCAGGCGAUAAAAAUUUUUUUCUUUCUUUCUAUCUCUGUUCAUAUCCAUCUCAGUCUAUUCAUAUCUAUCUAUCUAUCUAUCUAUCUCAGUCAUCCCAUAUCUAUCUAUCUAUCUCAGUCAUCCCAUAUCUAUCUAUCUAUCUCAGUCAUCCCAUAUCUAUCUAUCUAUCUCAGUCAUCCCAUAUCUAUCUAUCUAUCUCAGUCAUCCCAUAUCUAUCUAUCUAUCUCAGUCAUCCCAUAUCUAUCUAUCUAUCUCAGUCAUCCAAUAUCUAUCUAUCUCAGUCAUCCAAUAUCUAUCUAUCUCAGUCAUCCAAUAUCUAUCUAUCUCAGUCAUCCAAUAUCUAUCUAUCUAUCUAUCUCAGUCAUCCCAUAUCUAUCUAUCUAUCUCAGUCAUCCCAUAUCUAUCUAUCUAUCUCAGUCAUCCCAUAUCUAUCUAUCUAUCUAUCUAUCUAUCUAUCUAUCUCAGUCAUCCCAUAUCUAUCUAUCUAUCUAUCUAUCUAUCUCAGUCAUCCCAUAUCUAUCUAUCUAUCUAUCUAUCUAUCAUCUCCAUUCAUCCAUCUAUCUAUCUAUCUAUAUCAGUCAUCCCAUAUCUAUCUAUCUAUCUCAGACAUCCCAUAUCUAUCUAUCUAUCUAUCUAUCUAUCUAUCUCAGUCAUCAUAUCUAUCUAUCUAUCUCAUCAUCCCAUAUCUAUCUAUCUAUCUCAGUCAUCCCAUAUCUAUCUAUCUAUCUCAGUCAUCCCAUAUCUAUCUAUCUAUCUAUCUCAGUCAUCCCAUAUCUAUCUAUCUAUCUAUCUCAGUCAUCCCAUAUCUAUCUAUCUAUCUCAGUCAUCCCAUAUCUAUCUAUCUAUCUAUCUAUCUAUCAAAAAGACCAGAAUACGGACAUUUCUGA